CAAUUAAAUCUAGUGUCAAUAGUGCGUAAUUAUCUCGUUGAUUUCACGUGGUUUUCUUGGUUUCGGCAUGUUUUAUAUAAUUUACUUUUGAUACUAAUUAAAUGAAAACAUCAUGCAUCGACUGAUAUCAGCCAGAAAUUUGUACCAAACAAGCCUUCAUAAUAUUUCCUUACCUUCAAAUACAGCUCUCAAUAGAAGUCCUGAUAUAAAAUGUGCCUUUUGUCGGAAAAUUCUUCUAGGUCAACACAAUAUAGAAAACUUACUCGUCGCCAGGCACCAGUCUACGAGAUUCGCUAAUGCCUUGAAAGCGGUCAAGAAGAAAGGGAAACAUAAAAUUUAUAAGAAAUAUGGAGAGCUAUUGGAGGUUGGCAAUCAAGCAAUGACUGAAACCAAAGUGUCUAUAAGUAAAUUGCGUGCCGUCCAUCUCUCCAAACUGGCUGACAGCCCGGUAUCACUGGGCCAGCUGCACCAGCUAACCACAAAACCAUCCAAGAAGCCCACCAUUGCUGAAGUAGACCCAGAGCUGCUUCAGAGUGUCAAAGAAAAAAUAUUAAAGAAAUCUGCACCAAUAUCAACACAUAUAAACAUAUCUUCAGGUCCAAAAGAGAUAAGUCUAGAGGAUGACAAAUGUGCCCUAGUUUACACUCAUCACAAAAUUUCUAGUUUGGAAGACAGAUUAAAAACUAAACAGUACAUAGACUCUGUUAAAGAGAGUUAUUAUAACUUUAGAAAAGCUACUAUUUAUGACCAGAGGUUGCAGGAUUUGAGGUAUGCCAUCACCGAAGGUCUCACACAGGAGUUUGACAUGCUCACCCCAGAUUCCAAGUUGGAGGAGAUGCCCCUCCAGCCACUGCCAAAGAGCCCACAUUCUGUGUUUAGGGAACUGUUUAUUGAUAACCAAAUGGAUUCCUAUGACCAGGAGAUGCUCAAUUCCUUUUCAAGUUUACAAAGCCAGGGCUUAGCCCACCCCGCCAUAGAAGAUAUCUAUGACGACGCAGCGUUACACAACGAGAUGCACGAGCCGCACGACCUCGAGUUCGGGCAGAGAGAGGCAGCCCUUGAAGUCAAGAGGCUUAAUGUCAAAAAGGCUAAACAAGCAAUAAAACAAAAGAAAAAGGCCAAGUUAGAGAAGCGUAGAGCUAAGCAAGAAAUCAAUAUGAAGACUGACAUGAAACAGUUAGAGCUGCAAGGCAAGCAGGAGGCUCUUGAGCGUUUGCUUGCUGCUCAUUUACAUCUGUUGUGCUCACUCAACAUGGUGCAGGAGGCCCGCAAAGUUCUACAGUAUUAUCGGCAGCGGGGAGCUAAGGUGCCGGACCAUCCAAAAAUCACUGACAUCAAAGUGUACAACACACUUCUACACGGAUACGCGUUCAUGGGACUCCUGGACCAAACGAAGGAGUUGUUAACAUCAAUGGCGACGGACGGCAUCGCGCCGAACGCGCAGACUUACGCCGCCACCUUUGAAUGCGUCGAGAGAAGCAACGUCAAAGAUAAAGAGCCCGUAUUGCAGCACUACUAUGAGCAGAUGCAGGAAAAGGGAAUAACCCUAAACGACUUACUAGACAAAACACAAUUCGUCCACGACCAACGCGAGCUAAUAUUCCGCGCCGUCCGCCGCUUGCAUCCCUCCUUCACCCCCCACUACACCCCCCCUGUCCUCGACUACGACUGCUCCCUCACGGAAAAACUCAAGUUAAACGAGAUACACAACCGCUAUGGGUUGUUGACCUCGCCAGCUGAGGGGUUGAUGACCUUGGAGGAGGUAAAGGAGAGAGGGAGACGGCAGCUGGAGACUGAGAUUAAGGGGGAUAUUGAGGUGCAGAAUAUUGAUGUUAAGGAUGACGCGUCACCGACUGUUAAGUUAUAUCGAGAGAAACUCCAGGCAACCGAAGCAGAAUGGAGAUCGGUCGUGCGCGAGUCGUUCGAGCGCAACCUCGGUACGCUGCGCUCGCAGAGCCUCGCCUCGCAUUCGGCCAUCGCUCUGUACCCUUACCUGAGGGUGCUAGAGACGGAGCAAUUCGUGGAUCUCAUAAUGGGUGAGAUCAACAAAUUGGUGGACGGCAGUGAGACCUACAGCCCCACGCUGAAGCUGCUGCAGCGUGACCUGGGCACGCAGGUGUACCACAAAUACCAAGUAGAACAGUACCGUAAGAACGGUGUGCUGUCGAAAAUCUCCAAAAUUUACGAGCAAUACUGCGAAUGGUACAUGGAUCGCAGCGCGCUGGGCACCGACUUACCGAUGAACAGUCGGCAGGCGUGGCAAAUGCUGGUGCAUAGAAACAGAGAAGGAGCUAGUUUGGACAUGGAGGAGACGCCGUGGCCGAUGGAGAUGCGGCAGAACAUCGGCAAGUUCCUCUACAACAUCAUCAUCAACGACGUCAAGAUCGACGUCAACAUGUUCAAACCCAAAGCCAAGCAGAAAAAACUCCCAGCCGUUUACAAAGUCCACCGUCCCUGGGGCCGCCUCGUGCGCCUGGAGCUGAAGCCGCACCCGGCGCUGGCGCGGCUCUGGCUGGGCGCCGCGCGCGCCGAGCUGCGCAUGCGCGCCGACCUGGUGCCGCCAUCCUCGCCGCCCAAACCGUGGCCGCAUCUACAUUCUGGGGCGUAUCUACUGACUAAAACACCGCUUAUUAGAAUGCCAUUCUACAUCAUGAACCAAUGGAAACGACUAGAAGAUUCGCCCCCGUCCGCGCUGUACCCGGCUUUAGACAGCCUCAAUCAGCUCGGAGAAGUGCCGUGGGUCGUCAACAAGCCCGUGCUGGACUUACAACUUCAAAUAUUUAGAUCUGGCGGCAACAAGAAGUUGGACAUCCCUCCCCCCGCGUCGGCGCUGAACCCGCGCGAGUUCGCGGACGCGCGGGACGCGGCGGGCGCCUUCAAGCGUCGCGUGGCGCUCAACCGCGCUCGCGCCGAGAUGCACUCGCUGUGGUGCGAUGCGCUCUACAAGCUUGCACUCGCUAAUCAUUACAGGGACGAGAUCUUCUGGCUGCCCCACAACAUGGAUUUCCGCGGGCGCGUGUACGCCUGCCCGCCACACUUGUCCCAGCUCGGGGCCGACGCGUACCGAGCUCUGCUAAAGUUUGCAAGAAAAGAGCCGCUGGGACCCGAUGGAUUGAGAUGGCUUAAACUACAUGCUGUUAACCUGACCGGGACGAUGAAGAAAAGCACCGUGGAUGAGAGGUUGGAAUACGCGGAAAGCAUCUUAGACAAGAUACUGGACUCGGCCGAUCAUCCUCUUGACGGCGAGGGCUGGUGGCAGGCCUCCGAAGAACCCUGGCAGACACUGGCAUGUUGUAUGGAAAUCGCCAACGCGAUCCGAUCUCCAAACCCUGAAGAGUACCCGUGCGGGUUCCCGGUGCACCAGGACGGGUCGUGCAACGGGCUGCAGCACUACGCGGCGCUCGGCGGCGACGCGGCCGGCGCCGCCGCCGUCAACCUGGCGCCGAGAGACCGCCCGCAAGACGUCUAUGCCUCGGUGUGCGCACUGGUGGAGGAGAUGAGGACGCGCGACGCGGCGGCGGGCGUGCCGGCGGCCAUCAUCUUGGAGAAUUUUGUGCGAAGAAAAGUUAUCAAGCAGACUGUUAUGACCACUGUGUAUGGAGUUACGAGGUUCGGGGCGAGGUUACAAAUCGCUAAACAGCUCAAAGAUAUUGACGAGUUUCCUAAGGAGCACGUGUGGUCGUGCAGUCAGUACCUGACCACGAAGACCUUCGACAGCCUCCGCGAGAUGUUCACCUCCACCAAACUCAUCCAAGAUUGGUUUACCGACUGCGCCAAGCUGAUCUCAGGCAUAUGUGGAGAGAGCGUAGAGUGGGUGACGCCGCUAGGACUCCCAGUGGUGCAGCCUUACUACCGCCGCGGCACCACCGCUGCUAACAGCCGGACGCCGCUUGACCACCAACAACGUCCAUGCACCAUGAAGCAGCGGAACGCAUUCCCGCCCAACUUCAUCCACUCCCUGGACUCGUCGCACAUGAUGCUGACCUCCCUGCACUGCCAGGCUGCCGCCGUCACCUUCGUGUCCGUGCACGACUGCUACUGGACGCACCCCGGAGCCGUCCCGCUCAUGAACAAGAUUUGCCGAGAGCAGUUCGUAGCUCUGCAUUCGCAGCCGAUUCUUGAAGACUUAUCGGACUUUCUGGUCAAGCGAUACAGCUACGAUGAAAGCGAGCUUGAAGGCACGUUGGGAGCGCCGAACAAGAAACGCGUCAACAGUUUGCUGAAGAAAGUCCCCAGCAAGGGCGACUUCAAGUUGGAUAGUGUACUCGAUUCCAUCUACUUCUUCAGCUAGUCGAUCGCAUAUGAACUUUAUGACUGGUACUGUAGACUCUCUUUUGUUCGGGGUCGGUAUAAAACCUAUACUAUAGAUGUAUGACAAUUGUGUGUCUUGAAUAGAAAAGUGAUACGCGAAGUGUCAUUCAAUCUUGGAAUCUAACGAUCAUUAUUAAUUGCAAUGGAAACGAAAGAGGAAGAACCAUCAGCGUUGACCACUUUUAGUAAAAACAACAUUAAUUUGAGAAAAUGUUGCCUACAACUAUGAAUUGAUAUUAUGAAUUUUACCAAAACUUUGUACUUUUGAUAGACACACAAUUGGGCUUGAUAGACUGAUAUGAGAUAAUGUUAACGAUUGAUAGUUAGUGUAUUGACUUUUUGUAAUUUCCAAUGUUAUUGUUAAUAUAUUUCAACAAUGAAAUAUAACUUCCAAAAUGCCUUCGCUAUAAUUAUGAAGUAGUUGAUUCUCGUAGACUGAAAAUGGUUUAGUCGCGUAUUUGUAAUUUGAUUGUUCCUAAAGUCUAAUUCCUUGAUGGAGAAAGAUGGUGCAAAUGGGGCAAAUCGGCCCAUGUAAUGAAUUUAAAAAGAUUACAUAAAAACCGCAUAAUCCUUAUUGUACGUCAAUAUGGCAGGCAGUAUUUCUAAUCUUUAAGCAGUUUGUUUCUUUUAAAAGACGAGUGUUCCGUUUUAGCUACGGAACCUUGAAAAGGCAAAAUCUUUACAUAAACCCAUUGAUCUAUUAUUACAAACGUAUGGAACCGACACACAGAACCAGUAUUUUGUGCCAUGAGUUGAUGUUGUUUUGACAACAAACCAUAGAAGCGGAGCAUCAGUCUCGCGACCUAACGCGUAAGCGCCAUGUAUUUUUGCGAUGUAUGUACAGGUUGCGAUUGCGACAAAUUUCAUUGUUUGGUAUGGCUCUAUAGUAAUAAUAUCUCAAUGCGUGAACCAAAUAUCAGUAAAUUAUUUAUGUAGAUACUAAACAGACUAAAUAAAUUUGCGCCACUUUUCUCUCCAAUUGUAAGUUUUACAACUAUUUAGGGUUGGUUAGUAACUAAAUUGCGUUUAUAUGUUUAUAUGCCAUAACUAGAAAGUCCUACACGAAACCAAAAUAAUAGUCGUAGUCUGGUUAGUGAGUUCAGAUAUUUGUUUAGUUUAACUAGAUGAAAAUGGUUAUCAGGUAAAGUUGUUGACAGUAACCCCAAAUUUGGAUUUGCCUCUUACAAAUCUUGGAACCUUUUACAACCGUUUGCAUGUAUGUCACAGUGUCAUAAAACUUAUACUGUAAGAAAAAUUGGCUCCUAACAUGUUUCACACAUUUUAUCCUCUGUUAUGGCGUCACCCUCUUUACCGUUAGGGCAGCGUCAUGGGAUCGCUUACGGCAUUCUAUCCGAGACGUCAUGUGCUUUGGGUCGGUUAUUUUCACAACACUCAUAUUCAACGGGGUCCACAACAUACAGGUAUUUGAUAACUACAUCAGUAUUAAAUUUUGAUAUUAUGUUAUUGUAUCUUAUGUUCUGACUCGCAACCAUUUUUCAGUAGUGCAAUGCAACAAAACAGUCUGUGAUUUGUUAGAUGUCUAACAAUAAAUUAAGUUGAAUAAUGAA